AACUUCAACGUCAAACGGCGGCGUAGCGUGUAAAGGAUAGAAUAAUGCCGGCGUUGAAUUAAGAAUUUAAUCAAUUUUAAUUAGUGAAAUCCGUGAAAUCCUAUUUUUUUGUAAAUCUACAUCUUACUUUCUUGAUAAUCUAUAAAGCUUAAGUCUGUUUACUAAGAAUUAACUUGUGAAACAUGAGUAAAAACAAUGGUCAAAAUGCCAGUACCAAAGGUGAUAAAAAGGUUAAAACCGAGAAAAAACAGAAUAUUAACUCUUCAGAUGGCUCCAAUUUAGAUUCAGAAGAUCAAGAGGUGGAAAAAUUAAAUUCGGGAAAGAGAAAGCUCGAGAUUCUUCCUCUGUUAGUAUCAAACUUCCCAGAAAACUAUGGUUUGGUAAAGAUGACAGAUUUCUUGGUGAAAAAGUGCGGGCCAUGUGAAGUCAGCUUAUCCGAGAAUGGAGACAAGAAGGUAGUUGAGGCUAUUUUUGGAAGCACAGCUCUAAGAGAGAAAGCUAAGAAAAUCCUGGGUUCACAGUCUAUUGAUAAAGUCCUAAUAAGGGUGGAAUCACCAGUAGCACAAGAGUAUGAAUCAGACCUGGAAGAAAAUGAGGAACCACAAGCUAAAAGGAAAAAGGAAGGAGACGAAAAACCAUGGGGUCUUGAUAUGGAUGUGUGGAGGCCGGACCCCAAAGGCUAUUAUGGGGUCAGACCCCAGUACUUAGUUUCUUUAGGUAUCGAAGGCUCGCUUCAAAAUUGGGUCUUGGUAAAAAACUUCCGGUGCUCCAAAGAAGACCUAAAGGAGGUAUUGACCCUGGCGGGCGAAGUAGUAGUGUGUGUGGUUACUUUCGCUAGCCCCAACUCUUACGCUCGAGUCAUGUACAGGCAUCCGCUCGAAGCCUUACAGGCUGUGUCCAUGUUAAAUGGCCAAAAAUUCCACGGUGUCCCUCUAAUAGUCCGAAUAAUAAAAACUAGUUGCACUGGCAUCUUACCAAAAGGCCUCAACAGCCUCGGGCCGGGCUUGGCUAAAAACGGAACACCUUUAAGAGACAUCGUCAGACAUUAUGAAAGGUUUGUCAAAGGCCAAGAGACUGAAUUAAAUAGCAGCUUGUUCAGAACCCCAGAAGAACAAUGCCUUCAUGACCAAGGUACUUACUCAAAGAGUGAAGACGAUAAGAGAAAAGCUAAAGACGCUUUAGAAACACUGGUUGCUUUAGUCGCACAAGGCAUGAAAGUAGAAGACUUGAUGACGGUACUGAAAUCAAUCAAAGGCAAUCAAGACGUUAACUCUAUUAUUCAGAGUCUAAAAGAAGACACGAAACCGUCCACACCUGAUUCCCAAACUAGUAAAAAGGAUGAUAAGCCGAAGGCUUUAGAAAAGAAAAGGAAUACACAGCCCAGCCCUGUCAGCUCCAGUGCAAGCGGUUCAAGAUCACCAAGUCCAGACGUUAAAACUACUAAGAAACCGCCAGAGAACGCUAAAAAAUCCCAGCAAAUUUCUACUAUCACGAAUCGAUCUACAAAUGCUGUUCGACCAUCUGCCCCUAAACCUUCACCUGUAAAACCUUGGUCGAAACCUGCCCAGCCUCCCGCUCCAGGAACAUCUAGUUUUAAAGGCGGCCAGAAGUCGGGGCCUCGGGGGCCUAUGUCGGGGCCGGUGCGAGCACCGGGGCCCAUGUUCAACGCGGGAAUGCCGGGCCCGAUGGGUCCAAUGUCUGGCCCAAUGUCAGGCCCCAUGUCUGGUCCUAUGCCUGGUCCGAUGGGUCCGAUGAUGGGUGCGAUAGCUGGGCCAAUGGCCGUUCCGAUGGCUGGCCCAAUGGCUGGUCCGAUGCCGGGUCCAAUGUCCGGUCCUAUGCCUGGUCCGAUGAUUGGCUCUAAUUUCUCCAUGCCGGGACCUAACCAGCCUACAUUUGGUCCCAAUGGACCUAUGGGUUCUAAUGGCCCAUCAACAGGAUCAGAAGCGAAAUUGCAGUUUAGUAAUUUGCCCCCGUCGACCACGUUCGCGCUGCUCAGCGAGAAGCUGUCCCAGGUGGGGCAGCUGCUGUCCAUACAGUUCACGACGCCCGGCUGCGUGGUGGCCAUGUUCGCUCGCAGGGAGCACGCGGAGAGGUGUCGACAGCAAUUCGACCAAUCGCGAUUGGAAGGAAACCUGAUCGAUGUGAGAUUCAUCUAAAAACUAUGCAGAUGUUUAUGAUGUUAGUAAUCAAAAUGUACCAAGGUGGAAAGCUGUGUAUUUUGAACUUUCAAGAAAUAGAUAUAAAGAUUAAAGUAUAAUUUCAUUCUAGUGUACAUAGCUAUAUGUAUUAUUCAGUGCAGUGGUUUUUAUAGUAUAUCUGAGGUAGAAUUAGUUAAUUAUCUAUAUGUAAAGGAUAAGGAAGGUUUACGCGACAGUUUAAUCUAUAAUUUAACAUGUCAACCAAUGUUUUUCCCUAAGGAGGUCAAUAGUUCGACCAUGGUAUAUGUAAUUAAGUUUCGUAUAAACCUAUUUUGUGGUUAAGGUAAAAGGUUAUCUUUUAGGACGAUAAUUUGGUGUAAUAUCAUUAGUCCCCGCCGAGCACAGAUGGGAAUAGGCGGGGACAAAUGGGGAUAAUUUUAGUUUAAUUUCACGGAAUAAACAAAUAAGAUUAAGGUGAUGGAUGCUUGAAGAUUAGUCUUUAGUUUUGAAGUAGUUAAUUACUAUAAUUACAUAUUAAUUAUAAGUUGAUUUCGACUAUUUUAGGCUUUUAUAUUUAUAAGUGAUUAUAGAAUUAUUCUAACCCGAUUGGUACGCUGACAGGUGUCAUUUCAAUACAAUUUUGCGAGAUUUGAAGUUUUUAGGUUAUAAAUUAUAUGGAGAUGACACCUGUCAUCCAUCGAGUGAUAAAUACUAUAGUCAACUGGUCAGUUUGACUACGGACUUAUUCUUCAGCGUUUUAGUUCACUGACUUUUAAUGUUUUCGACCGAGAAUUUUAUAACGGUUCUUGUUGGAUCUGGCUGUAAUUGAAUCGGUUAAAAACGACAGCAUAACAUAAUUUUUAAAUAAAGAGAAUUAAAUUACUUAAA